GCAUGUUCUAAAGCUAUACAUUCGCACAACGAAUAUUUCAACGUCAUGGGAAUGCAGAGACGAUAUUGGCGAAAUAAUUUAACAACGAAAAAACGAGAGAUAGUGACCUUUUAAAAGUGCAAAACGGAACAAAAGUUGAUCAUUUCUAAAUCGGAAUUUGUGGGCUUUAAACAGAGAAGCUUUGUGGUUUGUUAUUGCGACAGUGACCUAUUUUUUAUAAAUGAACGUGCAGGAAAAGGGCAUCAAAUUAACCAAGGUCACUAAAAGACCUCCGGUUGAUAUAGAAUUUAAAAAUUUAACUUAUAAAAUAGGGAAUCUUGAAAUAAUUCACUCAGUGAAUGGAAAACUUCCAUCGGGAAAAUUAAUUGGUAUUUUAGGAGCAAGUGGAGCCGGAAAAACUUCUCUAUUGAACAUUUUAGCCGGACAAAUUCAUAAUGGAGUAACUGGGAAUAUUUUAAUAAACGAUCAUCCGAGAGAAAUGAAAAAAUUUCAUAAAUUAUCAUCGUAUAUCAUGCAAGAAGAUUUAUUACAACCACUUUUAACUGUUAAAGAAUCUAUGAAUAUCGCGGCUAAAUUAAAAUUGGGGAAAGAAUAUACAGAAGAUGAUAAACAAAAUGUUUUAAAAGAAGUUGUAGAUGUAAUAGGUUUGGAUACAUGUUUAAAUGUAAGAGUUGAAAAUUUAUCAGGUGGACAAAGAAGAAGAUUAUCAAUCGCUUUGGAAUUGGUUAAUAACCCACCUGUGUUAUUUUUAGAUGAACCAACAACUGGAUUAGAUAACGUUGCGAUGAAAACUUGCGUUCAAAUAUUAAAAUCAAUAGCUUUACAAGGACGAACUGUAAUUUGUACGAUUCAUCAACCAUCUGAUUCACUAUUUAAACUCUUCGAUAUGGUUUAUUUUAUGUCCAGUGGAUCGUGUAUUUAUAACGGAACCGUUUCAAAUUUGGUGAAUUUUUUAGAAAACGCUGGUUUUCCGUGCCCGAUAACUUACAGCCCAGCGGAUUAUAUUAUUGAAUUAGUACAAACAGACCACAACGUCACAAAAAAAUUAUCUACCGCAACAAAAAAUGGUGCUGAAUGUUUUAAAGACGAAAUAAACAAAAAUUAUUUAGCAACAAUCGAAGAUUUUGAUGACGAUUUCGAUAAUCAAACGGAUUUUCCUAACAGUUUCUUCACCCAAUUUUUCAUUUUGUUUAAACGAAUGCUUCUACAAUUAAAAAGAAACAAAACCGGACUUUUUUUACAAUUUGGUCAUCAUAUUUUUUGUGGGUUAUUUCUUGGAAUUCUAUUUUAUAACAUCGGAAAUUCCGGAUCAGAAUUUUUAAGUAACGUCAAAUUGUUUUAUGGAAUUGUUGUUUAUUUUAUGUUUACCCAUAUUAUGGCACCGAUUUUAUUAUAUCCUUUCGAAGUUAAAAUUCUUCAAAGGGAGUAUUUCAACCGCUGGUACAGUUUAAAAGCUUAUUUCACUGCUUUAACAAUAGCGAUGUUACCAAUCAUGAUAAUAACAACAAUAAUUUUUCUUUUAAUCGCAUAUCCAAUGACGGGUCAACCUAUUGAAAUCGAAAGAAUUCUUUGGUUUUGCUUAAUAAGUCUAUUAAUGGCAAUUACAUCACAAGGAUUUGGUUUUGCGAUCGGUUCACUUUUUAGCCCGAUGAUCGGCGCUUGUGUCGGUUCAGCUCUAUCAAUCCCUUUAAUUCUUUUAGGAAUGUAUGGAGUCGAACAAGGGGAAGUUGUCGACUCAAAAAUCGAAUUGAUGAUGUCAAUUAGCUUUCCUUAUCAUGCAUUCGUCGGCUUAUCAACGAGCAUUUUAAAUAAUCGCGGGUUAAUCGAGUGCGAAACGAUUUUCUGCUACUUUAGCGACCCAAACCGCGUCUUAAAAGUGAUGGGAAUGAGUGGAAAAAAUUAUCAAAUCGAAGCGGGGUUUUUAAUUUGCUUUUUAUUGUUGCACCGGGUGUUUAGUUACUUUUGUUUGCGGGUACGAUUAACACCCGAUCAUCCUGUUAUGAGAUAUAUUAAGAAAUUACAAUGAAAGUAAACGAAAUAAUUUGUUGUCUAGUCUCUUUUUAAGAAAUCUAUUUUUAUAUGUCUUAAUAUGCAGAAUGAAAUUUUUUAACGAAGUCGUUAAUAAAAAAUUAAUGGAA